ACACCCAGCUAUACCCAUGCCUUCAGCAUCCAACGCCUAUUGGAGUCGAUUGCCGGAGAUCAAGAUUUUUGAGCCCUAGAAACCUGCAAUAAUCGAAUCCCAAUUCAUUCAACGACCCAAUAGAUAUGUUGCAGUGCAUAUUUCUUCUUUCCGAUUCCGGAGAGGUGAUGCUAGAGAAGCAGCUGACUGGGCAUCGUGUUGAUCGAUCAAUCUGCGCUUGGUUUUGGGAGCAAUCGAUCUCUCAACCUGAUUCCCUUAAGGUUUUAUCAGUAAUUGCUUCACCAACCCAUUACCUUUUCCAAAUUGUACGUGAAGGGAUCACUUUUUUAGCCUGCACUCAAGUUGAAAUGCCACCAUUGAUGGGAAUAGAGUUUCUUUGCAGAGUAGCUGAUGUCCUCUCAGAUUAUCUUGGAGGAUUAAAUGAAGAUGUAAUAAAGGACAAUUUUGUAAUAGUAUAUGAGCUAUUGGAUGAAAUGAUAGACAAUGGAUUCCCUCUAACUACAGAACCUAACAUACUAAGGGACAUGAUAGCUCCACCAAACAUUGUUAGCAAAAUGUUGAGUGUAGUCACAGGUAACACUUCUAAUGUCAGUGACACACUUCCAGGUGCCACGUCAUCAUGUGUGCCAUGGAGGACAACACAAUUAAAGCAUGCAAAUAAUGAUGUGUAUGUCAAUCUUGUUGAGGAGAUGGAUACAAUUAUAAACAGUGAUGGGGUGUUGGUGAAAUGUGAAAUCUUUGGUUUGGUUGAAAUGAACUCUCAUCUUUCGGGUAUUCCGGAUUUGACCCUUUCAUUUGCAAACCCUUCGAUUUUGAAUGAUGUACAGUUUCACCCCUGUGUUCGAUUUCGACCAUGGGAAUCAGAACAGAUACUCUCCUUUGUGCCUCCAGAUGGGCUUUUUAAGCUCAUGAGUUACAGGGUGAAGAAGCUAAGGAAUAUUCCUAUAUAUGUAAAGCCUCAAUUGAGUUCGGAAUCAGGCACAUGUCGUAUCAAUGUAAUGGUCGGAAUCAGGAAUGACCCCGGAAAAGCCAUUGAUUCCGUAGUUGUGGAAUUCCGACUCCCGCCUUCUGUUUCGUCAGCCAAUCUCACUUCAAAUCAUGGAACAGUAAACAUCCUUGCUGAUAAGACGUGUAGCUGGUCAAUCGGGAGGUUUCCGAAAGAUAAAACCCCACAAAUGUCGGGAACAUUGGUGCUUGAAGAAGGGGUAGAAAAACUCCAAGUAAAACCGACUUUUCAAGUGGGAUUUAAAAUCAUGGGUGUGGCUUUAUCUGGUUUGAAAAUUGGUAAAUUGGAUUUAAAAAAUUUACCAAAUCCUGCUCACAAGGGAUUUCGAGCUCAAACUGAAGCUGGUUUAUAUGAAGUUAGGUCAUAGUUGUGGUCAACUUAUGUUUGACCAUUUGUCGGGUUUUUAAAAGAGUGGAAUUUGUGUUUGGAUUAUUGUUUAUGGAGUCAUAGGUAUGUUUGAAGUUUGAACCAAAACAUGGUUUGCAUUUUUUCUGGUUUCGGGUUUACAUUUUUUUAACUUAAUGAUAGUGGGUCAACCAUGUAAAUAAACACUUCAUUUGAGACAUUUUGAGCAAAGUUUAUUUGUUGUUUUCUUAA